AUGUCCGCAUUGAGACUUGGUGGCUUCUUAGCGACUGCUCUCUUGAGCUCUCGCGCCGUAGCACAGACAUGUCUGUCAUUUGGUGUUGACUUCCAAACCAACGGAGACUACUUCCAAAACAUCAGUUCCACGGCACCCUUCACCUUCGCCUCGCUCUUCGAGGGAUGUGAUAACGACGUUGCCAACAACAUCCUUGUUGACCCCAACGGAGAUGAAUACCAAUGCACUGAUACUCCCCUCCAGCCCGACGAUACCAUUGAACUAUCAACAUGUCCCCUGGACAAGAAUGAGAUGUGGAGUGGUGACUGGUCUGUCUUGAUCAUCUCGAACAAUGGCAAUGACGAUCCCAUUGCCUACGAGCGUGACUUCUAUCUCGAUGUUGGCGUUCCCUCGACCACAACUUACACUCCCACGGUGACCAUCACUUCAACAUCUACUCCCCUUGUCCUCAUCACCGAGACGUCGACCAUCGUUUCGAUCACUACACUGCCGGCAAAGACCACCACAGUUGCUUCCGUGACAAAGUCUCCUACUGUGACCAUCACACCAGCAAUCUCCACAGUCGUGAUCACAAAGACCGCAACACUCAGGAAAACAGACUACACGGUCGUCCCCGUUCUCACCACCAAGACCAUCACUGCUUCAUGCUCGAUGCCCCCAUCGCAACAAUGGCCCGACCCAACUUGUACCAUCACACCUACCUUGGUCACUGCCGCCGCUCUGUCGACCGAUGACUCAGGUGCAUCUACCACGGGUGCAUCUGCUGCUGUUGCCACUGCUGCCACUACUUCUUCCGCCCCUGCUCAAAAGAUUCGCCGUGGCCUGUUCGAUCGUGCAGUACCGCUCGAUCGCGCUGCCAGAGUCGCUGAGCGUAAGGCCAGAAGAGAGGCAAGCAACAAGUUGCACAGACGUGCCCCUGACUCUGCCACCACCACCAUCACACAAACCGACACUUCUCUCUACAGCACUUCGACGUCAAUUGUUACUGGCGAUGCCACUACCAUUACAUCAACCACCGUUGCAACUUCCACCUCGACCUCCACUCCUCCUGUCGUUACCGUCAAGAGCGGCAAGACCACUUUGCCCGUGGUAACCACUACCCUCAAGCAAUCCACCACCACAAAGACUGUCAUGACUGUUCUUUACACUACCGUCAAGACGAUAACCUCUUCGCCCACCGUCACCAUUUCAAGCACUACCACAAAUGCGAAGAGUGCUAUCGCUUGUACCGCAAAGGGUGGUAGAAUGACUUAG